GAAUGGAGUUCGAUAGUCCUCCGAGAUCGAACAAUUUGAUGACACAUCCACAUGACAUGGAAAAAAUGACCUCAGAUGAUGAAGGGCCCUCGGUGCCAAGGGUUGAGCAUGCGAUCUCAACCGGCGAACGGAAUGUGAAUCGAAAAGCAUUGAACAGGGCAUGCAAGCUAGGGCAGUUGUAUUCAGGUGUAAAAGACGAGAUCAUGCCCGAGUUCAUACUGAGUGGGGAGGUUCCAGAGGGCGCAGUGUCCACAGUGGACAUGCCUCAUCAUAAUACUUUAUGGGAGGAGAAUAUGAAGACAGAAGAAAGGUUCAAAUCACUGGAAGUAGAAGGAGAUUUGAAGUUGAGCAUCAUGCUUGGCUUGGCCGAUGUCAACGGUGCCAGUAAGUAUCUUAACAACGUGACCACGAACUCGACUUGUGUGACGAUUUGCCUGGUUUACAAAAUUGUGACGAAAUGGGAGCGUCUAAAUCUCCUACACGCCGACGUAGAGAGGAUGUUCAGGUUGCAAGCGUUGCGUGAAUCGCCUGCUACCCACGUCGUAGUAGGAAUUGGGUGGGGCUACAGCGGGGUGAUCGUCUUUGAACAAGGCGUGACUAAGGAUGAAACCCGACACAACGCUGAGGUGAGCUUGAACGCUUCUUUGAAGACAGGUUUGGCUGGCUCAUUUCUGGGCAAAUUUCUGGACGCCAUCAAACUGAAUCCCGUCGAAGGAGGUGUAACACUCACACCAAAAAAAAGUCAGAACGGCGGUGAGAAUCUGGAGAGGAGAUCUGUGAGAAUAAUGGCCGACAUCAUGCCACAAAACUUCGAAGGACCGACUGACUUCCAGUCUGCACUAGAGUUUGCUCGAUCUGUUGGAGGCAAUCAUCAUAUCGACGAGAUCAAUGGUGGAAAGGAGAAGGAGCUGGAAAGGUUGGCGGAUAAGACGCAAGACCUCACCUCGACUUAUGAGCAGGUACGGGAAAAGGCCAGAAAGGUAGGGAUUUCAGAGGAGGAGCUCACAAGCAUAGCCAGAGAGCGGAGUGAGAUUAAGGAACAAACAUCGAGGUUCCGUGAUGUUUUGGGGUCACUUGUGGUCGAUGUUCGGUCUGGAAUCAAAGAAGAGGGCAAGAUUGCUGAAUUUCUGCUUGAAUUCGAGGGAACGAAGUAUUCUUCAGAGGGGCUGAAUGAGCAUUUGAAGACCUUGGAAGUUCUCCAAGAGAAAGUAAACUUUCUGGAGGUAAUGCAAGGGAAGGGUGUGGAAAUUUUAAGGAACGGCACGGAUCGUGGUUCGUUGGUUGCAGACAAUAUCACCUUAUCUAGCCUGUACAUCUUGUGCUACGAUGAUAAAGAAAGAGUGCAGCGAAAGUCAAGCUGGAUCUGUAACUACCAGCAAUUUGAAGUUUUGAUAAAGGAGAGGGAAGCGGGCGGUAACUCCAAACUGUUCUUGCUAGACUACGCAAUUUGUCAAUCUUGGGAUCGAGAACAGGACGUUUGCAUCCAGCUCUACAGAGGAGGGCUUUGGGAUCCUGACUACCUGAAGACCGUCCAAGACUCAGGAGCGAGCCAGUCAAGUGACGUGAUGAAUCUCCUUCUUCUGGGUCAGACAGGAGUUGGCAAGUCAACUUUCAUCAAUGCUUUCUACAAUUAUUUGUCGUACGAUUCCUUAAAAGAAGCUGAGCAAGGUGGGGUGAAAGUUGCAGUGCCCAGCCAGUUCACCGAACUCGACCGGUCUAUGAAUGAAAAUACCGUAACUGUGGGUGACUCUUGUCUGGAGGAUGAGAAUUUCGAAGAUCCGUCUCAGUCCUGCACGCAGAGAUGCAAGUCAUACCUCUUCAGAAUAGAGGCCGAUUCCGGCAAGCAGGGGCUGUCCGUCCGUCUCAUAGACACACCGGGUAUUGGAGAUACGAGGGGAUCGGCUUGGGAUAAGAAUAAUAUCAAGAACAUCUUGAUCCAACUGAAGAAGUUCGAACACAUCCAUGGGAUCUGCAUUCUCCUAAAGCCCAACGAGUCGCGGCUGAGUAAGAUGCUGGAGUAUUGUAUCACGGAGUUACUGGUGCACCUUCACAAGAAUGCCAGGAGCAACAUUGCAUUCUGUUUUACCAGCGCGAGGUCCACCAACUUCCACGUCGGUGAAACUCGAACGCAACUCCUAACUCUACUGGAUAGAAUUCGUCAGAAGAAGCAAGAAAGUGUGGAGAUUACGGAGAGCACCAUGUACUGCUUCGACAAUGAAGCGUUUCGGUACUUGGCAGCAUGCCAGAAGCCGCAAGGAACAAGUUUCCAAACCGAACCACCAAGCAGAAGCUGGGAUCAAUCGGUCGGAGCAUGUAUCAGACUCUUGUCCACGUUCAACUCCGUCGGAGCUCAUCUGAGCAACGAAACGGUGGCCAUCAUGAAAGUCAAGAAUAUCAUUGAGAGCCUGGAGGAGCCCAUGAUAAGGCUAUCAGAAGAGAUAAACAAGAACUCGAUUGCCAUAGAGCGGAAGCGUAAGGAGAUCGAGGACACGAAAGAGGAUGUGGACAAGUUGAGGAAGGUCCUAAAGGAGCCAACCAAGGUGGUAGAAUCAACCAGUUACAAGCUACCUUACCCAAGAACCAUUUGCACGAGCCCUGCCUGCACGACCUACGACGACCUCAAAGACGGCCGGAUGCAGACCCUCUAUAGAGUAUGCCACGAUCGGUGCACCGGCUACGAAUUGUCCUUAUUCCAAGCAAUAAGCGUUCGUCUAUGUUCGUCUAUGUCGAUGCUCGCGGGCAAGUGCAUUAAAUGCAAUUGUCCUGCCGGGGAUCACAAAUUCGUAACCCACGAGACGAAGCAGGAACUGAGACGAAUGGAACCAGAAGGACCGAAAGACGGCCACGACCCAGCAGCAGCACUCAAAGACAUCGAGACGAAGGUGAUGGAGCUCGAAAAGGAGAAGAAGUACAUUAACGACGCGCAGAUCAAGUUCGCUUUCUUUCUGCAGGAACACAGCUUCACCUGCACAAACGACUACACGUCGAGAUACCUGGACCGCCAGGUCCGUCAGCUACGUAAGGAGCUAGACCACCACGUGGAUGAAGACAGGAGGAAAUGGAUCCUCGACAGGAUCAAGGAUCUGACUGACAGAUCUAACAAACACAAGAAAGAGCUCCAAGAAUUCGCCGCGCGCCUCAAGGAACAAACCCGCGCCGACUACGUCAGCGUCAAGGCCAUCCAGGCCAUUUUCCGUGGCCUCAGAGAUCUUCCCACCCGCGGUCCCCAGUUCAAGAAGCUUCUAGACUUGGGCCAGCAUGGGCAGCAGCUCGACGACUCCUGCAUGCACUAUCAGAUCCAAUUCACGGCCGAUAGAGAGGCGCGCUCCCUAAACAAUUCUCACACUUCUCUCCUGGCCCACCUGUUGCGGAUGCAUGUACAUCGACAGCAAAGUCCUGCAAUGUGUAUCCAUACCCAUAGAUAAAUGGGUGGGUAAUGGGUAUGGGCUAGAAUGCAUGGGUGGGUAAGGAAUGGAUAUUUACCCAAUGUACACUUCCAACAAAAACUCUAACGUAACUUUUUAUGGUUCCACAAAUGGAGUCAAUCAACAUGCUCCACCUGAAAAUCAU